AUCAACCAUAUGGGUGCCUCUCGCAUUGACCGCAUCAUGCUCUCUCCGGAGCUGCUGUCGUCGCUGCGUGCGUGCGCCCAUGUGCCUGGCCGACCGUCCGAUCAUCGCCUGGUUGUGGCCACCCUUGCCCCAGUCGACGGUGCCGUCUCUCCUGGCCCUGGCUUGCGGCGGCUCAGUGAUGCCUACCUCGCGUUCCCCGACCUGCGCCGCUCGCUGCUCGACUGGAACCGCGGCGCCUGUGCCGCCGCCCCCGAGGCGCCGGCGCCGUUGCUGCGGUGGUUUGUGGCCUACAAGCGCGACCUGGUGCGCACGGUUGGCCGCCUUAACCGCAUCGCCCGUGGCCGCAUCCUUGAGGAGACAGCGGAGGAGGCGGCGGCCCGUGCUGCUGAGGCGGCCGCCCUAGCGGUGGUAGAGGCUGGAGGCCCCGAUGCUGCUCAGGCUGCUGCUGCGGCCGUCGCCGCGCGCUCCGCGGCUGCCGCAGCGGCGCAGCGCGCGGUCGCUCGGCACGCUCGUGCCGCCCGCCUCCAGUGGCUGCGCACCCGCGAGACGGCUUCGCCUGCGAUCACGCGGCUUGUGCGGCCCCCUGGCGGCGCCGCGCGCAUUGCGGCAAUCCGGCGCCCGGACGGCAGUGUGUGUGACUCCCUUCCCGAAAUCCCCACACAUAUUGUCGACUACUGGCGGCGCAUCAGUGCUGCGGUGGCUACGGACCCGGACGCCUGUGACCGCGUACUUGCGGCCCUUGCAGCAUUUGGGCGGCGCUGCACUGACGAGGACGCUGUGCGGCUUGGCGCCGACACAGUGAGUUCAGCUGAGGUGGAGGCUGCCCUGGCGGCGGCGCCGGCUGGCAGCACCCCGGGCCGUGACGGCAUCCCGGCUGAGUUGUACCGGGAACUGGGGGGCCCCACGGCACGCGUGCUUGCGCGUGUGUUCACGGCCUCCCUCGCUGCUGGUGCUCCCCCACGCGGCUUCCUCGAUGGCGUCAUUACAUGCUUCAGCAAGCCCGGGGACCCCCUGCAGCCUUCGUCGUAUCGGCCCAUUACGCUGCUCGGCACGGACUACCGCACGCUGGCCCGCGUCCUCGCCAGGCGGCUCAUCCCCGUCUUCAGCACCGUCAUCCACCCCGCCCAGACAGCCUUCCUGCCCGGGCGCCGCAUCGCCGAUAACGUCCUACUGCUGCAGCUUCUGCCGGAGCUCAUGCGGGUGGCCGAAGGCGGUGGCCCUGGCGGCGGUGGCGGGGGCGGGGGCGGGGGCGCUGCGGGCAGCACCGCUGACGCUGACCGCGGCGUUGUGGCCUUCCUGGACUUCUACAAAGCCUACGACACCCUGGACCGCAACUUCCUGUACCGGUGCUUGGCAGUCAUGGGCGUUGGCAGUGGCUUCCUGGCCUGGGUCAAACUGCUGCUUACGGGCACGCGCUCUGCCGCCCUGGCUAACGGCUACCUGUCGGCCUUCGUCCUCAUCAUUGCGGGCGUACGGCAGGGGUGCCCGCUGGCGCCUCCUCUGUACUUGGCGCCGGCCCAGGCCCUCUUCGCCUACCUCGACCGCGCGGGCUUUGGUGUCUCCUGGGCGGAUAUCCGCCUCGUAGCUACUGCCUUUGCGGACGACGCUGCGCCGUUCUUGCGUCGGAUGGCCAACGUGCCUGGUUUCCUGGCAGCUAUGGAGACCUUCCGCGCCGCCUCUGGGCAGCGCCUUAACCUCGACAAAGUGGAGCUUCUGCCCAUCGGUGCACGGCGCCGCGCCACUCCUGCUCCCACCCGCGCUGUCGCUGCUGGCUUGGCGGCUGGCGGCGCAGCGGCUGGCAACAUGGCAGCUCACGGCGUGGCGGCGACCAGUGUGGCAGCUGCCGGCGGCAUGGCUGCCGGCGGCGCGGCGGCUGGUGGCGCGGUGGCUGGCGGCGGCCCCGGCACCAGCCACUCUGGUGGGGGCAUCUUGGCUGCCGGUGGUGCGGUGCCUUCUCGGGCGGGCGCGGUUUGGGCAGCUGCCGGUGUUGUGGUCACUGGUGGCGUGACGGCCGGCGGCUCUGCCGCGGGUGCUGGCGGUGCCGUAGCCGCGCCUGCCCCGCCCAACACAGUUGCUAUGGCGCAUGGCUUGCGCGUAGUCUCGCACUCGCGCACGCUGGGUGUGGUCUUCUACGACCUCCCACUUGGCACGGCUGCAGCCCAGGGGGCUCCUUCCCUCUCCCCUGCCAUUGGCACCCUGGGGACGCUCUGCGGCCUCCCCCUAACUGCCUUUGGCCGUGGCUUCUGUGCCUCCUCCUACGCCGUCAGCCGUGUGCUCUACCAUAUGGAGUUUGCGGGUCUGCCGCCGCAGACGGUUUUGGCAGACUUCCUCAAAACGCUUGUGCGGUUUGUGGACCGCCGCAUCAUCGUUGCCACGCCGCAAGGUGCUGGCCGGGCCCGACCUCCCGGCCUCCCCUCCGACUGCGUCGCCCUGCCGCCACGCGAUGGCGGCUUUGGACUGCUGCCGGUGGUGGAACACGUGCGCGCCCGACACGCUGUGUUGGCUGUGCGCUGGCUGCAGCACAUGCACGGCUCUGCGGCUGGCACCUACGUACCGCCGUGGACAGCCGCCGCCACCGCCCUGGUGCAGCAGCUACACACGGCCGCCCACCCCCUCUGCGUCCUGACGAUGCAGCGGGCGGCCGGCGGUGUCGGACCCGCUGCCGAUGGCUGUGCAAUCUUCGGCCAGCCGGUGGCGGCAACCUGCCCGGCCCUCGUGCGCCUCCUGGGUGCCCUCAGCUACCUGCCUCCGGUCACAAUCCUACGCCCGGCUGUGCUGGUGCCAGGGCCCUGGUGCUUUGCACUUCCGCUCUGGGGCAAUCCAGUCUUGCCGUGUGCGGCGGGGCUUCAGGCGGGUGGCUUGGAACGUGACUUCCCAGCUCUCAUGGCGCUGCCGGGUCUGCUCACGCUCGGCACGGCAGUGCGGUGCUGGGAGGCGCUGGCCGCGGUGCGCCAGCUGGUGGCUUCCAAGCCGGCUGGUGCGCUCGGGCCGCGCCUCGCACGUCGCUGCACUAUACAGUACAAGCGGUCCGUCCUGCGCCCCAUCCUGCGCAUUACGGAUAUGGCGCGCGUGCCGCCGGAGCUGCAGUCCGGCCCGGAUGCUGCUGCCCAGUUCUCCGCGCUGCUGGCCCGUGUACCGGCGGCGUGGAGGGUGGCGGCGUCGGCCACACUGCAUGCGCCUGGCGGCGCGGCCUCCGCGCCUCCUGCCCCCCAGGUAUGGCUGCUGCUUGCGCAGAGCCUGGGGUGGCGGCAUGGCGCGGCUGACGUGCCCUUGCUGACCCUUACGGUGAAGCAGGCAACCCAGCUUCAACUUGCGCCUGCGUACGACGCGCUCCGCGUGCGUCACUUGGCCUUCAUCCAGGAGGCCUACAGCGGCGCCGCGCCGCCAGCGGAAGCGAUUCAUGCGCUGCGGGCGGCCCUGGCGCGGCUGUGGGCGUUGGUGUGGGAGCCGCGACACAAGGAACCGCUCUGGCGUCUGGCAGUCAAUGGGUUCACGGGCUUUGGGAUGCUUGCGGCGUGGGCCGCAGAUGGACGCGUGGAGAAAUGCCCGUGUGGGACUCAGAUGACUGCUGGCGCUAGGGUUCAUCACUUCUGGGACUGUGUGGUGGCGGAGGCUCUGCGUGAUGUGAUGCGGGAGCAUGCGAAUGUGGACAUCACACGGAACCAGUUGUGGUUAGUACAGGCGCCACCAGGGCUAUCGCAGGCGGUGUGGGACAUCGUGUGCUUGGCUGCUGUGGCGGCCCUGGAAUACGGCCGACAGCGCCUUUACGCUUGCCGUGAUGCUGCAGACCGGACUGCGGAGGUUGCUGUUGUGCGAAGGAUCGGUGUGGAGGUGAUUGCGGACUUCUGGUCACGGCUAGCUGCGUUUGUGAGCAGCGCUAGCGUUUGCGCUUUGUCGGCCGAAGGCGGUGGCCCUGGCGGCGGUGGCGGGGGCGGGGGCGGGGGCGCUGCGGGCAGCACCGCUGACGCUGACCGCGGCGUUGUGGCCUUCCUGGACUUCUACAAAGCCUACGACACCCUGGACCGCAACUUCCUGUACCGGUGCUUGGCAGUCAUGGGCGUUGGCAGUGGCUUCCUGGCCUGGGUCAAACUGCUGCUUACGGGCACGCGCUCUGCCGCCCUGGCUAACGGCUACCUGUCGGCCUUCGUCCUCAUCAUUGCGGGCGUACGGCAGGGGUGCCCGCUGGCGCCUCCUCUGUACUUGGCGCCGGCCCAGGCCCUCUUCGCCUACCUCGACCGCGCGGGCUUUGGUGUCUCCUGGGCGGAUAUCCGCCUCGUAGCUACUGCCUUUGCGGACGACGCUGCGCCGUUCUUGCGUCGGAUGGCCAACGUGCCUGGUUUCCUGGCAGCUAUGGAGACCUUCCGCGCCGCCUCUGGGCAGCGCCUUAACCUCGACAAAGUGGAGCUUCUGCCCAUCGCGGCUGGUAACAUGGCAGCUCACGGCGUGGCGGCGACCAGUGUGGCAGCUGCCGGCGGCAUGGCUGCCGGCGGCGCGGCGGCUGGUGUCGCGGUGGCUGGCGGCGGCCCCGGCGCCAGCCACUCUGGUGGGGGCAGCUUGGCGGCCGGUGGUGCGGUGCCUUCUCGGGCGGGCGCGGUUUGGGCAGCUGCCGGUGUUGUGGUCACUGGUGGCGUGACGGCCGGCGGCUCCGCCGCGGGUGCUGGCGGUGCCGUAGCCGCGCCUGCCCCGCCCAACACAGUUGCUAUGGCGCAUGGCUUGCGCGUAGUCUCGCACUCGCGCACGCUGGGUGUGGUCUUCUACGACCUCCCACUUGGCACGGCUGCAGCCCAGGGGGCUCCUUCCCUCUCCCCUGCCAUUGGCACCCUGGGGACGCUCUGCGGCCUCCCCCUAACUGCCUUUGGCCGUGGCUUCUGUGCCUCCUCCUACGCCGUCAGCCGUGUGCUCUACCAUAUGGAGUUUGCGGGUCUGCCGCCGCAGACGGUUUUGGCAGACUUCCUCAAAACGCUUGUGCGGUUUGUGGACCGCCGCAUCAUCGUUGCCACGCCGCAAGGUGCUGGCCGGGCCCGACUUCCCGGCCUCCCCUCCGACUGCGUCGCCCUGCCGCCACGCGAUGGCGGCUUUGGACUGCUGCCGGUGGUGGAACACGUGCGCGCCCGGCACGCUGUGUUGGCUGUGCGCUGGCUGCAGCACAUGCACGGCUCUGCGGCCGGCACCUACGUACCGCCGUGGACAGCCGCCGCCACCGCCCUGGUGCAGCAGCUACACACGGCCGCCCACCCCCUCUGCGUCCUGACGAUGCAGCGGGCGGCCGGCGGUGUCGGACCCGCUGCCGAUGGCUGUGCAAUCUUCGGCCAGCCGGUGGCGGCAACCUGCCCGGCCCUCGUGCGCCUCCUGGGUGCCCUCAGCUACCUGCCUCCGGUCACCAUCCUACGCCCGGCUGUGCUGGUGCCCGGGCCCUGGUGCUUUGCACUUCCGCUCUGGGGCAAUCCUGUCUUGCCGUGUGCGGCGGGGCUUCAGGCGGGUGGCUUGGAACGUGACUUCCCGGCUCUCAUGGCGCUGCCGGGUCUGCUCACGCUCGGCACGGCAGUGCGGUGCUGGGAGGCGCUGGCCGCGGUGCGCCAGCUGGUGGCUUCCAAGCCGGCUGGUGCGCUGGGGCCGCGCCUCGCGCGUCGCUGCACUAUGCAGUACAAGCGGUCCGUCCUGCGCCCCAUCCUGCGCAUUGCGGAUAUGGCGCGCGUGCCGCCGGAGCUGCAGUCCGGCCCGGAUGCUGCUGCCCAAUUCUCCGCGCUGCUGGCCCGUAUGGCUGCUGCUUGCGCAGAGCCUGGGGUGGCGGCAUGGCGCGGCUGACGUGCCCUUGCUGACCCUUACGGUGAAGCAGGCAACCCAGCUUCAACUUGCGCCUGCGUACGACGCGCUCCGCGUGCGUCACUUGGCCUUCAUCCAGGAGGCCUACAGCGGCGCCGCGCCGCCAGCGGAAGCGAUUCAUGCGCUGCGGGCGGCCCUGGCGCGGCUGUGGGCGUUGGUGUGGGAGCCGCGACACAAGGAACCGCUCUGGCGUCUGGCAGUCAAUGGGUUCACGGGCUUUGGGAUGCUUGCGGCGUGGGCCGCAGAUGGACGCGUGGAGAAAUGCCCGUGUGGGACUCAGAUGACUGCUGGCGCUAGGGUUCAUCACUUCUGGGACUGUGUGGUGGCGGAGGCUCUGCGUGAUGUGAUGCGGGAGCAUGCGAAUGUGGACAUCACACGGAACCAGUUGUGGUUAGUACAGGCGCCACCAGGGCUAUCGCAGGCGGUGUGGGACAUCGUGUGCUUGGCUGCUGUGGCGGCCCUGGAAUACGGCCGACAGCGCCUUUACGCUUGCCGUGAUGCUGCAGACUGGACUGCGGAGGUUGCUGUUGUGCGAAGGAUCGGUGUGGAGGUGAUUGCGGACUUCUGGUCACGGCUAGCU